CAGCUACGUCACUCCUUUUGCUCUGGACGGAGAAGGGCGCGAGAUAGAAAUUGUGGAGCGCGGACAGAUCGGGGCUUUCUGCUGCAGCUGUUGUCAGGGUGCUUUGGGGCACUUUUUAAAGACUCUGAACAUCAGGAAAUAAGGACAUAAAGCGGGAUAUUUGUGCACAUGACGUGCAGCAGCGGCAGAGAAAAACUCCGUCUGACCGUAAACAACAAAAACAGAGGGAAAUGUCUUGGAGGUCGCGCGGUGAGGAUGGAGAGGAGGCCCUGCAUCAAGAUACUGAUUCUGAUGUGGCAGAGCCAAGGGAAGGUGGGAAAGUGAAGGUGAAAUGGACCCAGGAGGAGGAUGACAAGCUUAAAGCUCUGGUUCAAAAACUGGGAUCAAAUGAUUGGAAACACAUUGCCAGCUACAUACCAAAUCACACUGAACAUCAGUGUCAGCACCGCUGGUUUAAGGUUUUGGAUCCAGAACUCAUUAAAGGUCCUUGGACCAAAGAGGAGGAUGAGAAAGUUAUAGAGCUUGUAAAUCUCUAUGGCAACAAACAGUGGGCGGUGGUAGCCAAGCAUCUCAAGGGCAGACUGGGAAAGCAGUGUAGAGAGCGCUGGCACAAUCACCUCAAUCCCAACGUGAAGAAGUCAUCGUGGACGGCUGAGGAGGACCUCAUCAUCUACAAGGCUCACUGCGUGCUGGGGAACCGGUGGGCUGAGAUCGCAAAGCUGCUCCCUGGAAGGACAGACAAUGCUGUGAAGAAUCACUGGAAUUCAACCAUUAAACGCAAGCUAGAAAUGGGCUUCUAUACUGGAGAGGUGAUCAGGCCAAAUGAGCUGGAAGAGCUGUUGGCUCGUGUUAAUAAAGACGUGCAGAUAACCAGCUGCUGUCAAGAAGAGAGAGACGCAGAACAAAGGAGCCAUCUUUUACUGCAGGAAAUGCCAGUUUCAUCUAAAGCUGGUCCCAGUGAAGCAGGCCCGUCAAAGACUGUCCCCUCACCAAGGAACGAUUUAAGCCCCAACGCUGAAGCAGACCCUGCAGGAGAGCUGAACGGUACCAGCUGGGUGGUGGACAGCUCGGGCUUCCUGUCCCCUCCGGGCCCAGUGCUGAAGGAAGUGCUGGACUUGGUGGAUGGGGACCUCGAAGGCUGGUGCAACCUCGCAGCGUUUGACCUGCCAGAGAACAGUUCCAGCCCCGAACGCCACCAGUUUCGUCUAGAGGGCAGCGCCCUGCAGGAGCUGAGCAAAGGCAACAAGGGGGAGCUCAUCCCCAUCUCUCCCGGAGGGAUCUCUCCGCCCUCCAUACUGACCCGUCGCAGCCGGAGACGCAUCAACUUGUCUCCUGACACAAAUCACUCCAUGACUCCAAAAAGCACUCCUGUAAAAAUCUUGCCUUUCUCUCCAUCUCAAUUCCUCAACAUGUGGACCAAGCAGGACGCCCAUGAUCUGGAGAACCCCUCCCUCACGUCCACGCCGGUGUGCAGCCAGAAAGCCAUAGUUACCACCCCGCUGCAGCGAGACAAGACCCCGCUCACACAGAGGGAAAACAUGGCAUUUGUUACACCAAACCACAAAUCCGAUCUCUGUACGACGCCCCGAACGCCGACGCCCUUCAAAAACGCCAUGGAGAAAUACGGCCCUUUGAAGCCUCUGCCUCAGACUCCAAACCUUGAAGAUGACAUAAAUGAGGUCAUCCUACGAGACACGGGGAUGGACUUGGCUCUUGUGCGUUCAACCCCACCUGAGCAAAGACACAAAACAGUGCACCGCCCACCAAUGAAGAAAGUGCGUAAAUCAUUGGCCCUCGAUGUCAUGGACUGCCAGGUGAUGCCCACAUCCAAACGUAAAUCCUUGAAGAAUGAAGCCAAACACUCCAUCAAGGAAGAACCUGUGAUGGUUUCUCUAAACUCCUCGUUCUGCAGCAAGCGGCAUGAAAACAUAUUGGAUCAGGGUUUCCUUUUGGGACCCAGCGACAGUGCCUUAUAUCCCAGCACGGUGUCUCCACGUCACAUGUCAAAAAAUUGGGAAAAGGUUGUUUGUGGACAAACAGAAGACCAGCUCAUUAUGACGGAGAAAGCAAGGCGCCUCCUUCGCUCGCUGAAACCUCAUCCCAGCCGGGCUCUGAUUCUGUCCUGAGAUCAGCCGCCCUCGCACCGACACCUCCAGAGCUCAGUGUUGCUGCCGUUCCUUCGCUUAGAUGGUUUAAUGUCAGUCGAGAUGGUGAAAAAGAAAAGAGCAUUCCAGAUGUCGACGUUGUAAGGCUUCCUUUGAGAGAGAAUGGUGCUUUUAGAUGUAGACAAACUCUUCCUCACUACUGCUUUUGUUUUGUUUUUUGGUGCAGUAUGUUUACGGAAGAACAAAAUAGAAAAGAAUCAAGAGGAUAAAAUAUCUGCUAUCACUGAGAAAAGAUGGGUUUUAAAUUACAUAAUGGGUUCUGAAAUUUAACAGUUUUUUCGUACUGUUGUGAACGGUGCAAACAAUCGGGUAAUGUGUCCAUCUUUAAUAUGCAGCAACUCCCUGCUGGUUGAUCAACAGUGCAUGAAGGAAGAACCUCCCUGUUUUAGGCUGUUUCCUGUUUGUGUUUUUAUCUGCACAGGAAUUCAUUCUCCAAAAUGGGUUAAACUGCAUUUUGACAGUUUCACAUGUGAUUCACUGUUAAUUUAAAAAAAAGAUUCAACACCAAAGUUUAAUUUUGUCAUAGAUUAUUGGAAAUCUAUACAGGCCAUUUAAGGUAAGGGAUAAUGUUAUUUGUCACUGUAAAUAUUUAGAGCUGUAUGUUUGACCCACAACCGUUUUUCAUGUAACGUAAGAAAUAUGUUCUUAUGUUUGAUUUAUGGUUGUGUCUAUUUUAUAGGUUCAGUUAAAUAAAACCUAUUUAAAACA